AUAUGUAAUAAAUACUCCACUUUCUGUCUGUGUUUGCACGGCUAGAGGAAGAUCCUCCAGGUGGUAAAACUAGCGAAUCCGGUUUAGCUACCAGCUCUGGCUAACGCAAACAAAGAUGAAUGAUGCCAUCUCUGAAAAGGCAACAGAAGGUGUCUGCAUGUGUGAUUGCUUCUUUGUUGUUUUUAGAAGGACUGCUUGUAGCUUUUGUCUUAUAUAUGUGUCUCAGUUGGAGGGACACUGUUGGAGAGAGUUCUCGACAUCUGACCUCUGACCUCGAUGACGAGGACAAGUUUGCUGGCUGCAGAACCGAAGUCGAGGUUCUGAAUGAUGAGGCCAUGGAACAGAAAUGGCACACCUGCAGCGCAAAUUUCAGCAAAGCCUGGAGCAAAGCAGAGCAAAACCUGAAAGAACCAGCAGAAAAGUACAUGGAGAAAAGCCAUUCUCUGGCUUUAUACAUGUUCACUGAUGUGGUGCUGAAACAGGGGAACAAGAACUCUGAACCUGCAGAAAGAACUCCAAAGCAAAGGGCCGCUUUCGAACCCAUCUCCCUUUAUUCCUCUCUAAGUGAGGCGAUCCUAAUUUUAAAACAAAAUCAGGUGAUGUGUUUGAGUACGAACUACAGAACCGAAACCGUUUUGGAGCUCAACAUCUCCGCUGGGCAGGUUCGGUUCAGCACCUUCAUUUUAGGCUCUGAUGAGUGGGAUUUUAAUGGAAAUGUUUCAUGUUUUGAGAUAUACUCUUGCUUUGGAGCAAACAUAACUAAAUACUCCGUCCUUAAAGGAAAUAAUCAAGUGGUGAUUCCUCCGUAUGAAGUUUUUACAGUCACUGACGUCCAGAAACAAACCAGUUCAUGUGAAAUCACUUACAAACUCACAAGUAAUUUGAACUGUGUUUAUGACAAAGAGCGCAACCAGUUGCAGUCCAUAUCUGCAUUACCUGUGGAGGGAUUUUGGCUCAUUUUCACCAUAAUUUGUUUUGUCCUUCUGUCGCUUUUACUGCUCUGUGUUAUUGUGAAGCUUUACCGUAGAAUCAGCUCAGCUGGCAGAGUUUCAAAUUGGCAUAGCACUAUCCAAUCCCAUUACAGCUUGUAAUGUUGCUAGUACACAAUACCGUUACAUAUAAAUAAAAAGAGAAACUAUAAACAAUGUUUA